AUGAUGACUCCAAAGAGGAGUCGUCAGCCUCGUGGCUUCUUCUUUGCUUUUUUGUGCAUCCUUCUGGGAGCAGCUUUGCCACCGGGCUCUCUUCCGCCGCUCUGGUGGCGGAAGGGCCGACCUCGCAAGAUUUUGGGGAGCAGGGCGGAGGCGGAGCUCCUCUCCCAGCUGGCAAGGCUGCUGAUGCCGGACGAGCGCAUCUGCGAGGCCUUUCGUGACUUCCCGGUGGAGACAUGUAAGAAUUGGGGUUCAAGUAGAUUGUCGCCGGAUUUGGCAGCACAUGGUGUGCUGAAAGCAACCGAUGCUGCGCUGUUCAUUGAGUACGAUGGCUAUUAUCGUCACGGCGAGCCACCUGGCAUGGCCAGAGAUGAGCGGAAAACCCGUGCUUUGCUUCGCUUUGCUCCUCCUGGAUCUGUGGUCCUCCGCAUCGCACACAAGAGGCGACACUUGAACAGUAAGAGGGAUAAGUCCGUACAAGUACUGGUCGACUGCUGGUGUAACGAGCAUGCACCCUCCCUCCUGAGGGCAUUGAUCCAGGUCGCGUCUUCUUUGUUGCAUCAUGCUCGUGAAAGUCUGCUUCCUGCACUAGCUUGUCGCCUGGCAGCCUUUGCAUCGCAAGCAGAAAUUGAUGAAGAUGCAAGCAUCUUUGCGAAGAAGGUCGGCCACAUGGUUGCCAGGUCUCCCCGCGUGCUUGGCUACAGCAUUGAGGAAAAUCUGAAGCCCACAGUCGGAUGGCUCCAGGGGUUGGGCCUAAGCCAGGCAAAUCUGAAGCCCACAGUCGGAUGGCUCCAGGGGUUGGGCCUAAGCCAGGCACAGGUUGCCAAGGUGAUCGCGACAAAACCGCAAGUGCUUGGCUUGAGCAUUGAGGCAAAUCUGAAGCCCACAGUCGGAUGGCUCCAGGGGUUGGGCCUAAGCCAGGCACAGGUUGCCAGGGUGAUCGCGACACAACCGCAAGUUCUUGGCUACAGCAUUGAGGCAAAUCUGAAGCCCACAGUCGGAUGGCUCCAGGGGUUGGGCCUAAGCCAGGCACAGGUUGCCAAGGUGAUCGCGACAAAACCGCAAGUGCUUGGCUUGAGCAUUGAGGCAAAUCUGAAGCCCACAGUCGGAUGGCUCCAGGGGUUGGGUCUAAGCCAGGCACAGGUUGCCAAGGUGAUCGCGACAUUUCCCUCAGUGCUUGGCUUGAGCAUUGAGGCAAAUCUGAAGCCCACAGUCGGAUGGCUCCAGGGGUUGGGCCUAAGCCAGGCACAGGUUGCCAAGGUGAUCGCGACACAACCGCAAGUUCUUGGCUACAGCAUUGAGGCAAAUCUGAAGCCGACAGUCGAGUGGAUCCGAGGGUUGGGCCUGAGCCAGUCGCAAGUGUCCGACAUGAUCUCAAUGUUCCCACCAAUCCUCGGACUGAGCAUCGAGACGAAUCUGGCAGUGAAGCACCGGCUGCUACAGCAGUUCUUUCCUGGAGCGAAGGCGGCGCAGCUGUUGGCGCAAUCACCUCGCAUGUGCAGCUACAGGUAUGCUCGACUCGAACAUCGCCUUGCCGUCCUCAAAUCGCUCGGCCAGCUUUCCAAGCUCAAUUGUGUCCUCACUCUGCCCUGCGAGGUUUUCAGUCGCCGUGCUUUUGAGAAAGCCGGUCGAUGGCAGUGGGCUUUACGCUUCGUGGACUCUGCUGAGAAGGCCUUCGGGGUGAGUCCUGGACUGGAGGCAUGCAAUGCGGCUCUGAGCUCCUGCGAGCGUAGUGGGCGCUGGACAAUUUGCUUGGCCCUUUUCACCGAGAUGAAGCGCACUGGCCCGGCUCCAGACGAGAUUAGCUACAACGCCGUUAUCCGCUCCUGCAGCAGUGGCGCUGCCGAGAUAGCCGUGGAACUCUUCCAGGAGUUGGAGAGCAAUGCUCUACAUCCUGACAUCGUGACGCUGAGUGCCAUGAUGAGCGCUCCUCGCAUAGCACUGUGCAGCCUUUGUGGCUUCAAGCCCUUUGUGCAGCCGCAACCUGCCUACAGGUUCGAAGGCUUGGAGGCUGCAAACAAAAACGAAGUUAUUUGGCUGUAUUGA